AUGGAGAGAGAAGAAAAGUUCUACCAUGAAGAUGAUCAGCCCCGUACUGAUGAGCACCGCGGGCGGGUCUCACUCCUCAGUCUUGAUUGGCUUCUCACUCUCAAGCUGCUAUCAGAACGGAGUCGGACGGCGUCGAUCGGCCUCGGCCUCAUUCUUCGUUCGUCGUCUUCUUCGUCGAUCGGCCUCAUCCUGCCCGUGAGGAGGAGGCCAAAAAGAAAAUAUACUCUGUUUCUUGUAUCACGUAUACUGGUUUUGGUGCCCUGGUUUCGGAAGAAUUUUCUUAUAAGUGAGCUAGGUGUGAAGCUCCAUUUGAAUUCAACUUGGGAAGUUUCUGUGAGAUUCUUGUCGUCUUCAAGCCGUGGCUCCAAGAAUGGAGAAGAUGAGUGGAAUGAUGCUUGGGAAGCUGCUUGGCUGCCGGAGGACUUGACACCGAAGGCCCAGGCUCCAUGGGAGACUGAUGUGAAUUUCCCUUCAGAGGAUCCCAUGACGGUUCUUUCGGCAGAUGUUGAUGUGGAGACAAAGGCUUUUGUUGAGGACAUGAAUGAGAAUUGGAAUGAGAGGCGAAAAGGGUCGCAGGCUCAGCAACAGGAAAAACUGUGUGAGGGUGGUAAUGGUGCACUUUACAGCAUGGAGAAUAUGAAGAAGGAUUAUCGGUUGAAGAAGCAGAGGAUACAUGCGAGUCUAUGGAUGAAGGAGAUUGAGAAGAUGGAGGAAGCCAAAUUGGGGGAUUCCACUGUUGGUGGUGGAGAUGAUAUCCAGAGAUUGCUCGAUAGCUGCUCUGACAUUUUCGAUUCUGGCAACAAUGAUCUAAACAAUGCAAAAGUUCCAAGUUCUUCUGAGUUAAAAAGUGCUCCUGAUGGUUGGGAAACAACAGCAAAAGCUCCAGAUGGAAAUAUAUGGGAGAUGUCACAGAGAGAAGAAGAUAUUCUUCUCCAAGAAUUUGAUCGCCGAAUUUCUUAUUGCAAGUUUCAGAUUGCUAGUUUUAUUAAGACUCAUGUUUUCAGCCGGCGAAGACCGAUUGAUGGAUGGAAAUACAUGAUUGAGGUUGUGGGACCAAAUGCUAAGAAAGGUAAAGGUAGUGUUUCUAGAAUGCCUACCCUAUCUGAUGCAUCUACCCAACCCUUCAAGGAGGAUAAGACUUCAACGGAGAACACUUACCUUGGGCGAAGAUGUUUUCUUGAAUUUCUCUUGAAAGGAGUCUACAUUCCUUCUUCUUUGAUUUUGGUUGGCUUCAUUUUGAUCGAGACAUUCAUUUGUAGCUGUUAAAGAAGCAUAGGAAGAGGCAUUUCCUGAUUCCAUUACGGAAAUAACAACUUAGUCUGAAUUAGAUCCAGUACAUCUAUGAUCUGAGUGUGAUUGUGUAUGGCAUCAAACACCUCAUUAUUUUCAUCCAUCCUCUUUUCUCUCAAUAUCUUGUGAAGACUCUGUCUUGUCUGUCAAAUUUCACAUAUUGAACAUUGCUUGGUCUUCUAAUUGGUUACUUGUAACCAACUAUCCUAA